AUGGUGGUCCGGCCAAACGGGAGGCGGUGCGGUGUCGUUCUCUCACUGCUACUGGCGUCGACCACGCUUGCCUCAACACAACACGAAGGCCGCUCUGGAGACUCUGCGCCCCCGAUCAGCGCCACGACCACGACGAAUGCGACGACGACUAUGACGACGACUAAGACGACCACGACAACGACGGCCAAGCCGGACCCCUUGAAAGAGGCGUACGAGGCAAUAUCAGAGAAGGUGACGCGCCUCUUGGCACGAGAGCUGUACCCGAUUGUCAGCGAGCUAAUCUACGACCCACGGCUCUCCACGGGAUGCAUCGGGUCCCUCAUGAAGAUCGGCCCGGCCUUGAGGAGGUUUGACAUCUGGGCUGUGCAGAUGGUGGACGCGACUGGCAGACCGCACGCCGGCACGAUGCAGGGCCGCAUCGCUGCGUACGGUGCAUAUGAUCAAUGCCUGGCUGUGAGGCACGAUGAGGGCCUCUUCCAGGGAAGGUACUGCAUGGUGCACCUGGAACACGAUGGCUCCGAGUUUCCGCCCAGCUUGAGAGUCAUCGUCAACAACUUCGUCGAGCACUACGGUCUUCAGUACGUCGGCAACUUGUCGAAGCAGGCGGAAAGUGGUUCUCGACUUCCCGUGCCACUGUACAAGGUUGGACUCUGUGUGCCCUCGCUGUGCCAAAGAGAAGACCUGCAGGUCAUCAUUAACCAUUUCACGAAAAACCUUGGAUCUCAGCUAAAUGUUAAAUGGUGCGCAAUCGACGAGCCAGUUGCAUUGGAUCGGAGGCAGAGCGUAAUCCUGUGUAUCUUCGGAGUGUGGAUAUCUUUUGUGUUCUUCGGCACUGGCUACGACAUCUACAAAACAAUGCUAUCCGCGAACGACAACGAAGGCACCACGAAAAAAGCGAUCACAGGCUACUUUUCCAGCAUCGUGGCGUCGUUUUCACUCCGGAAAGGCUUCAAGAAACUGGUCGACAUGCCUAACUGGGGUGACUACUCUAACGACCUGGGCUUCGUGCAUGGCAUGCGUGUCUUCUCGGCCACUUGGGUCGUGCUAGGUCACAGCCACAUGAUCCGGGACGUGCACGCCAGCUCUGACAGCAUAGGCUUUCUAAAGAGGAUUAGGGAAGACUUCCUCUUUACUGUCCAAGUGAACUCGUUUAUGGCUGUUGAGACCUUCCUCGUCAUCACGUAA